AUGGUAAAACCAACUACAACCACCAAGUCUUUAGACGGUUCGCCAAGAGCAACUUUCAAUUUCGUAGUAUAUUGUAUUAGAUUUGUUAAAGAAAGAUUACUUUUAUCUAGUUUAGUUUCAUUUAUAUCAGAUAUGGUCUUUAAAUUUAAUAUUAAAGAGAAAAUUGAGGAAGAUAAAGAAUUUAACUUUUUUAUUGAAAUCUGUCAUUAUAGUCUUAAAUUAAUCUAUUCAACCUAUAUUUUUGAUAUAGAAAUUAAUUUCUUAAGUAUAAAAACAAACUAUAAAAUGGAUCACCGAUUCAAAGUGGAUGAAGAAUUAGUUCCCUUUUUGGAACCCAAUAACUACAAUAAUAAUUGUCAAGCUACAAAAUAUGAUGCAUUCGCUUCUACUAUCUUCUAUUUUGUAAAAGUACACCAAAUAAAAGAAAUUGCUAUUAUAGAUGCUGCUCAUGUAGUUGUUCGGAGAGUAGAUUCCUUUAUUGAAAACUAUGGACGAUUAGAUUACCUAAAUAUAGGUGAUGGAGUUGCCAUUGUACAAACCAAUUUCACGCCAACUUAUGAUAAUGGAUCGAAAUUGGAAGUUGUAGUAUUGGAAACUAUCUAUUGUCCGAACUCAUUCAUGGACACUGUAAUAUUGAAGGAAGGUCUGGGUAUUGAAGUUGUCAAAGUCAAUUCCACCACCUAUAGAACUACAAUCUAUUUUAGUUUCUCUGAUAAACCAGAGAUCUAUUUUGACUGCUAUUUGCCUAUUGAAGAUACCAAGAUCUAUACAGGUGGGUGGAUAAAAGUUGUAUCCCGAUAUGGAGAACAUUAUAUGUCCGCAGCUCCAACACUUUUAAAACUCAAUUCAGAUAAACUAUUAGAUAAAAUGAAAAUAAAUAAAAUUUUAAUUUUAAAACCAAUCAAUUCCGAUUGA